GAAACGGAUCGCGCGAGCGCAGCUCAGCCACAGCGACUCUCCUCCCUCCGCCCCUCCAAGCCGCUUACCCUCCUCAUCCCUGGCAUCCUCCACCUCCACAUCCGUUCCCCUCGUCUCUGCUGCUCCUCCUCCAUAGCCGUUUAGGCUCAAGCGGCUCUGCUUCGAGUGGAGUCUACGGCACACUACGGACGUCCCAGUCAGGUCUCCAUUUUGCCUUGAAGGCACCAUGGCCCAGGAAGAGAUGGCUGGCUUGCUUGGCAUCUACAGAGCGUAUCGAAGACGUCACCUUUUUCCGGGCCGACGAGCUGCGCGCGGGCGCCAAACCUGGGAGCCUCAAGACAUUGAAAGACGAGUCCGGGAGCCUCAAGGCAGAAGAGGUGGCAGCCGCAACCGUCGACAAGGGCAAGGGUUCCGCGGUCGCCGACGAGGGAACAAUUGCGGCGGAGCCCGAGGAGGAGCUGGGCUGCGAUGUCGACGACCCGUUCGCCAUGAUGGGCGGCAUGGGCGCGGAGCAGGUCUACCAGGUCACGUGCGUGGCGGAGGGCGCCACGGCAGAGCCGGACAUGGAACCAGGAGUGGAUUGCGCCGAGGAGGCCAAGAACGGAGCAGCCUUGCAGCCUCAGGAGGAGGAGGCCGAAGGGGACGUGGAAGACGAUCCUUUCGCCAUGAUGGCAGGAAUGGGUGAGGAGGAGGUUUACAAGGUCACAAUUGUCCAGGAGAAGGAAGCGGAGGAGGAGGCCGCGGGAAACGUGGAAGACGACCCGUUCGCCAUGAUGGCCGGAAUGGGCGAGGAGGAGGUGUACAAGGUCACAUUGGUCCCGGAGAAGGAUGAAGAAGAGGAGGCCGCUGGAGACGUGGAAGACGACCCGUUCGCCAUGAUGGCAGGCAUGGGCGAGGAGGAGGUGUACAAGGUUACCCUGGUCCCGGAGAAGGAGGAGGAGGAGGAGGAGGCCGCGGGAGACGUUGAAGACGACCCGUUCGCCAUGAUGGGCGGCAUGGGCGCAGAGGAGGUGUAUCCAGUGACUUUGGUCGAGGAGAAGGAAGAAGUUGCCGCAGAGGAGGAGGAGGCCGCGGGAGACGUGGAAGACGACCCGUUCGCCAUGAUGGCCGGCAUGGGCGAGGAGGAGGUGUACAAGGUGACUUUGGUCGAGGAGAAGGAAGAAGUUGCCGGAGAGGAGGAGGAGGAGGAGGCCGCGGGAGACGUGGAAGACGACCCGUUCGCCAUGAUGGCAGGCAUGGGCGAGGAGGAGGUGUACAAGGUGACUUUGGUCGAGGAGAAGGAAGACGCUGCCGGAGAUGAGGAGGAGGAGGAGGCCGCGGGAGACGUGGAAGACGACCCGUUCGCCAUGAUGGCAGGCAUGGGUGAGGAGGAGGUGUACAAGGUGACUUUGGUCGAGGAGAAGGAAGAAGUUGCCGCAGAGGAGGGCGAGGAGGAGGAGGAGGAGGAGGCCGCGGGAGACGUGGAAGACGACCCGUUCGCCAUGAUGGCAGGCAUGGGCGAGGAGGAGGUGUACAAGGUGACUUUGGUCGAGGAGAAGGAAGAAGUUGCCGGAGAGGAGGAGGAGGCCGCGGGAGACGUGGAAGACGACCCGUUCGCCAUGAUGGCCGGCAUGGGCGAGGAGGAGGUGUACAAGGUGACUUUGGUCGAAGAGGGCAAGGAGGAAGGCAGGGAGGACGGUGCGGCAGAGGAGGCGGAGGCCGAGGAUGACGCGGCAGAGGACGAGGACGAUCAGGAUGGCGAAGAGGAGGUCGAGGAGGAGGAGGAGGAGGAGGAGGAUGCCGAAACCAAGGCGGCCAAGGAGGCCGAGCGCAUAGCUGCAGCCGAGGCGGAAACGGCGCGCAAGGCGGAGGAAGCCGCGAAGCGGGCCGCGGCCGCCGCCGAGGUCAAGGAGGCCAAGGAGAGGGCCGCCGAGGAGAGGCGGGCAGAGGCGGCGAGGGCGGCAGCGGAGCAGAAGGCGGCCGCUGCCGCGGCGGCCGAGGAGAAGCGGGUCCAGGAGGAGAAGAGGGUGGCGGAGAGGAAGGCGAAGGAGGAGGAGAGGGAAAGGGAGCGGAGGGCCGCAGAGGAGAGGGCCACGGAGGAGAGGAGGGCCGCCGAGGCGAAGGCGGAGGCUGCCAGGGCGGCCGAGAGGGCGGCGGCCGCCGAGAAGAAGGCCAGGGACGAGAAGGCCGCCAAGGAGCGCAGGGCCGCCAAGGAGAAGGAGGACGCCGCGCGAAAGGAGCAGGAGGCAAAGGAGGCCGCCGAGAGGAAGGUCGCCAGGGAGGCCGCCGCGGCGGCGCUGAAGGUGGAGCAGGAGGAGGCCGCGGCGAAGAGGGCGGCGCAGGAGGCCGAGAGGGCGGCCAGGCGGCAGGCGGAGGAGAGGGAGGCGGCGGAGCAGAAGGCCGCCAAGGAGCGGGAGGCGGCGGAGCGCAUCGCCGCAGAGGCCGCCGCGGCGGAGAGGGCCCUGCAGGAGAAGGUGGAGGCGCUGAGAAAGGCGAAGGAGGAGGAGGAGGCGGCGGCCCGAAGAGCCGAGCAGGAGAGGAGGGGCGCGGCGGGCCAGAAGGGGCCCGCCAAGUCCAAGGCGGACAAGAACGCGGCGUCCAGGCAGAGAAAGAAGGAGGAGCAGGCGGCCGCGCCCUCCAGCGGCAAGAGGCCGGCCAGCGGCAAGAAGGCUCACGGCGGCGGCGGCGGCGGCAUCUUCGACGUGUGCUGCAGGCGGCGGCCGGCCUGAGCGGCGGGCGCGCGCGGGCGGCCAGGGCGGGCCGUGCACGGCAGGGCGCUCCGCCGCGGAGCGCUCGGCAAGAGGCUCGUGGGCGCGGCGCCGCCGGGCGAGGAGCUGGCCCCGCGGCGGGGACGUGCGGGGCCCCGCUUCCCCGGGCGGCGUCUCCAUGGCGCCUCGCUUGCCGGCCGAGAGCAGCAUCCAUCUUCCAGAUCCCCGCGCGUUGAACAUCCAGAAGGAGGUAGCGAAUUCGCGAUCAGAGCCCGAAGCGUUUUAUUGCUUGAGCAGCUUCACACCGCUCCUUACACAGCUACCAUUAGUAUGCAAUUGGUUGAUUGCUUCCCCUUCCUGCUUGCAGAAAUCCCACUGUCCUGUAAGAUAUGCCGCUGAGCCGCCGAUGCUACCUAGUCGUUUCAAGGUGGGACAGGCGUGUCUGCACGCGAGGCGCUGUUUGAUUUUCCAAUAACUAGUUCAGGAUACCGCAUGAUUUCACGACAGAGGAGGGUGCGCUGGAGAAA